AUCGCCGUGGUGUUCAGUUAUACAAUGGAUGCGACGGCCAUGUGGUCUCCCAAUGCAGGGCACUUGUUCACCCCCUUUCGUGCCAGGAGAGGCUGCAAACCCAUUAUCCAAUUAGCAGGACUCACAAUCAUUACUCCCCAAUUAGGCCGCAACACGUGAAUUCACUCCCCUUCUUAUUCAAAGACCCCCUCGGCGAUAGGGACGCGCGCCAUCGCAAUAAGACAUUUGUGCACGAUUGAGCAAGUAAAUAAAGUAUGCACGCUGUGGUGAACGCCUUCAUGCGUUGCCUCGCCUUCCUGCUGCCGCCCUCCUGGCUUUGCGUCAGCCUCUGCUUGUGGGCCAGUGAGUGCCGAGACACGCCGCCGCGGCCCAAUCCCAGAGCUCGUUUGGGAGCCACAAAGCCUCUCACAUAUGAGGAAGUAGCUGCAGUGCACGGCGGUGGCGCUGGCGGUGCUGCUGCUGCCUCCUCCUCCUCCUCCCCUUCCAGCACGUCGUCGGCCUCUCCCGCUCCAGGCUGCGUCUGGCCGGCUCCGUCGGACGCUCGGAUCUGGGUCCGGGUCGCGUGGCAAGCCGUGGAGCGCGUCUUGGGAGCUCCGUGGGUUCUCCUGCGCGAGGGUAGCCGUCGUGCGACGUCGCGUCCCGCCCGCCCCCUCGACCCGAGCUCGGCUUCCGGAGGCGCCUUCGCCUGCUCCGGGGAGACGAUGAGCGCGGCCGCGGGGAUCACCGGCAAGUGCACCCCGGACUCGGCCGCCGAGGAGGUCAUCACCGUGGACCAUCGGCUCUCCCAGGAGAUGGGCACGGUGACCAUCACGGUCGCCAUCCAGGCGGCCGAAGACGAGGAGCCGGAGGAAUUCUCGCCAGGGCUCGUCGACUUCAUCGGCGGCAGCUGCAGCGAGGACGAACUCGGCAGGCACGACAAGUCCAGUGGUGCUGGGACCAGUGGUGGGGAGUUAGAGGAAGAGAGCUGGCAGCCCCCCGACCAGGACCUCAUCCAAAAGCUAGUGACCCAGAUCGAGUACUACUUGUCGGACGAAAACCUGGAGCACGAUGCCUUCCUGCUCAAGCACGUGCGGCGCAACAAGCUGGGCUUUGUCAGUGUCAAGCUGCUGACUUCCUUUAAAAAGGUGAAACACUUGACCCGCGACUGGAGAACGACCGCUUUUGCCCUAAGACAAUCCAAGCUACUCGAGCUCAAUGACGAGGGCCGCAAAGUGCGACGCAAGUCUGCUGUGCCGGUUUUCGCCAGUGAGUCGCUGCCUAGCCGCAUGCUGCUGCUGAGCGAGCUGCAGCGCUGGCCCGAGCUGGCCCGGCUCACGAAGAACGGAGGCGGCGAGAGCGGCGCUGCUCAGCAGGAGCAGCUGAUGAAGCUGCUGCUCAAAGCCUUCGGGACAUAUGGCGCCAUUGCGUCGGUCCGCGUCCUCAAGCCCGGCAAGGACCUGCCUGCCGACCUGAAGAGGCUGAGUGGCCGUUACGCUCAGCUGGGCACCGAGGAGUGCGCCAUCGUGGAGUUCGAAGAAGUGGAGGCGGCCGUCAAAGCCAAUGAGGCCGUAGGCAGUGAGGAAGGUGGGAGUGGCUCGCCUGGCUUGAAGGUGGUCCUGAUCGGAACCAAACCUCCGAAAAAGAAAGUCCAGAAGGAGCGAGCCAGCGAAGAGGCGCCUACAACAGGCAUGCGCAAAAGCCGGUCACUCAACAGCCGUGUCAGAGAGCUCCAGUACAACGCCGACGACUCAGCCUGCAGCUCCUCGGAUACGGAAAGCACGCCCACGUCGCCCCGGCCAGCCCGCAAGUCGCAGUCUUGCAACAAGCUUAGCCCGACGGCCGCAGGUGUGGCCUUCCAGAACAAUCACCUGUCUCCCCGCAACAGUCCGUGGUCCAGCCCCCGCGCCAGCCCCUGCGCACAACGCAAAUCCCACCCCUCCCACAAAUCACCCUUAGCCAGCCAAGGCCGCCUAAGCCCCGAGCCCGGGCGCCGCUGGGCCGACUACUCGUCCGACAGCAGCCUGACGCCGUCCGGCAGCCCGUGGGUGCAGAGGCGCAAGCAGGUGGCCUCUCAGGAGAGCAGCCCGGUGGGGAGCCCCAUGUUGGCCCGCAAGAUCCAGAAUGCGGACGGCCUCCCGCCGGGCGUCACCAGGCUCCCACGGGGCCCCGACGGAACCCGCGGGUUCCACUGCGGAGUGCUGGCCGAGAGGGGAGGCAAGAGUGCCUCUACCCAGACUUGACUUGUGAAAAGCAUCACGCUCGUACCAAACCUGAGCUGCCCCCUCAUCUCUAAUUCGACCUCAAACUAUUUUUGUUCUCUCGUUCUAUUUUUAUACCAAAUUUUGUUGAUAUGGCGAUAUAAAUACUUGGCUAAUGGAAAUUUGAUUUCAUUUAAGUUGUUGCUUUAAGAACUGUACACCUAUUUAAAAAAAAAAAAAAAUGUCAAAGGAGCUUUUCUUUUUUUUUUUUUUUUGCUUCCCUUUUUAAAUUGAUUUGUCUUAAUGUGUGCAAACCUCACACAAAGGAUGGUGUAUUGUGUACAUGGAUUUCACCUUAUGCCUUUUUUUCUGUUGGUUUAUACACUUAUUUUUUUACAUAUUUAAAACAAGGCCAUAGAUGCAAUCAGGCUGGACAGUUCCUUUCUCUUAAUUUCCACCUUUUUAAUUUAAGUUCUUUUUCCACUUGGAAGGGUCUCUUUAAGCCAUAUAUUUGUUCAGCAUGCAGCUGCUUGUAUUUAUUCAUUUUUUAAUUUAUAUAUUAAAAAAAAUGUUCUCCUUGGCAUUGAGUGAGGGCAGGGGAUGCUCAUGUUGGGCAAGAAGAGAUGCUCAUGUCCCGUCCUCUACACUUUAACUGGGGUUACUUGUACAGUGCAAAUCCAAUUGUGCAAAUAAAGCGCUAAAACUGCA